AUGCCGGAACUGAGUUUCGCCCACCCUCACCAGCUGCCAAUUACAUCACAUGCCACACCAUCGCUCGGCUUGCCCAGCUGUCUGCCUGUGAGGCUUCUCAUACACCGCAUGUCCUUCAUGAUGCCCAUGCCAGCCGACAGUCGACACCAGCAGGAGCCUGCUGCGCCCGCGAGAACCGCCGAGCGUCGAACGUCUCGAGCCGCCGCGCGUGCUGGCCCAAACCCUUCUACAGAUGCCCAGAUACAGGACGCGGCGGCCCAAGCGCUGGCAACUGCCGUUAUACCCAAGAGACAUGUCAUAUUUCCUGAUCCUGUAGCUUUCCGCUUCCUCCAAAAUGAGCCAUACGUUUCUCUCGUCGAGCGCCAAACCUUCCUCUCCGGCUACGAGCUCUAUCUAGUCGAGCAGUGGGCGUGUUCUCGAAAAUCCCCGACUCUAGUAGUUGCCACGCAUACCGGCGACGACAAAGAUCGCAUCUCUGCUGGCAUUCUCGCUAUACCCGAAGACAAUAUGCUCUGGUCUACCCGACUGCAGCUCUAUUUCAAGGCUGCCAACCAGUACCAUGCACGUCCCAAGGAGACUGGCAUGGGCCAGCUGCUAGUCACAAACCUCAGCAACUUUCCUUCAUCCUUGACUGUCAUUCCGGUCCCCGACGGCGACAUUCGAAGACAUCGACAAACCUUCAUCGUCAAUGAAGACUUAAAACGCUUAGGAUGUGCCGGUCGGUCAGGUCUCACAUUGACGGAGCCCCCCGAAGCGACAAGAUCGAAAUUUCACCAGCUAUACAAGACCUCCGAACGCAUCCCGUUUAUGCAGUCCGUGACGGAACUGGUCAAGCUCUGCCAAGUUGCGCUAUACAUGUUUGACAAGCUAGAGCCUGAAUACAUUGAUGGUCUGCUCUGCGAUAUCACAGAAGCCGCCAUUGGUGACUGGUGGACCGAGAUCGGCGCCGAACAUUACAACUAUGAGCCCUCCGAUGGCAUUCUAGGUCCUUCGACUGUCUCUGCGCUGCUUGGUAUGCUCAUGGGUGCCAGAAACCGUCUGAGCUGUCAGGGUGCUCCAGUUUCAAAGGAUGUUUUUGACAUUGAAAGCACAAAACGAGGCAUUUCAUACUUUCAAAAAGCCCAAAAACUAGACAAGACCCGACGGUUGGAUAGGCAAACUCUCUUUCGUCUCCAUAAUUCCACUGCCAAAGCUGCCGCCGGCGAAGGAUGGGGUGUUCAGAAAGCUGUCAACUCUACUGUCACUGGAAUUGGUGGUAAGCGGGGCGAAAUUGUCAUGGACAUGGUGUCUGGCAAAGACAAGGGCGGUCUUGCCGACGUGGAAACUCUGGAUCUAGACAGAUUCAUCAAACUGGCCUAUGGGGAACAGUCCAAGUGGCUCUGGCACGGCAAGCAACGCAGGGCCCCAUUAGGAACUGCGUCACACCCGGAUGAUGAAGCCGUCUUCAGACGAUCAGAAGAUCUCCAGGCUGCGCCGCCAAGCAGAAUAGGCACCGGUGCUACCUCCGACACCUUUGGCGAUCGAGACGGUGGUCGCAGGGCUGUUUUCAAGAGUGUGGCAGGAAACGCCAAGUCUGGCCUCGGCCGCAUCAAAGAUGCCGUAGGAGGUACCCGAAGAGGGCACGGACGAUGGCCAUCAAGCGCUAUCAGGGACGAUUUGCCGGAGCAUUUACAAACUUUGAACCUGAGCAUGGAGAAUGCGCGCGGCUCUGGCAUCAUGAGCGGCCCUGCCACUGUGGGUAGAGCUUUCACGUGGAAGGAAAAGCCCGAAGAAUACCUGGCAGCACUUCGCCGCGGAGACCCAGAUGCGCUUCGAGGAUUGCAGGGCAACGUCUUGGAACCAGCCUCUGCAGACGCAGCAAUUUCGCAAAGCAAGCUUCCGCGGGGGGACGUAUCCAGAGCCCCUGACCUCGAGCGUCUUGAGACUAUUGGUGCGGAAAUCCGGGAUGAGGUCUUGUCCCGUGCACCAUCAGCGGUCCGCCCAGAAAUUGUCGAAACUGACUUUGAAGGCCCACUCCUAGAAUCUGAAAGGACAGGCGACCAAAAGUACCUGAGGUUGUGCCGUCGACAUAGCUCUCCCAGCCACGCCACGGGGCCGAGUCAUGCUCCAAACGAGAACCGCUAUCCAAGACGGCUGUCAUUUUCCGACGCAGAGGAAGCCAUACUCGACUGGGUGGAAAUCAUGCCCAUCAGUGAUACAGCAGGUGACGACGCUGGCGCAGCGACCGCACAGAUAGAGGUUCUCGCCCAGCUGGCCCGGCAAGUCGACCUCAUGGUCAACAGCGUGGGGCCCUGGGUCGGCGAGAAGAUCAAGCUCGUUGAGGCCCUCGACGAGCGGUACAGCAAGGAUGCGGCGGAGCUACAGGCGCACUAUCGCCAGCUCAGCGAGGCGUGCGAGCGCGUGCGCAUGGACUCCGAGGGCAUCGUGGCGGACGAGCGACAGAGCCUCGAGCUCAGCAUCAAGGAGCUGGAGACAAUGGUGGCGCAGCUCGAGUACGAGAUCAACGCGCUCGUGUUCAAGGUGCACGAGGUCGAAGACGGCAUCGUUCACUUUGAGCGGCAGGUGGUGGACGUAGAGAGCCGCGCCGAGGAGCUCAAGAGGCAGCUUGAGACGGAGAGCUGGCUGCACUGGUUCGUGAGGACCCUGACGGGUGUGGGCACGGGACCCAACAUUACUCGCUCCUUGUAG